AGCAGACUGCUCGGUGCGACACACUGCGAUGCAAGCAUACAAGCACCCUUGAGGGCUUGAGGGAAAAGUAAUUAUCGUGGAGAAAUUGCAAUUUACUGCAGAUAAAGUUUACUCGCUCUGCAUUCCCUUGGCGCUUCGUUUUUCGGCGUCCUCGUAGCAUUUCUUACGUGCUACGCAUCGAAAGCCGAUCGUUUCAUCUGUGCCGUCUUUCAUGUUCGUUCGUUCUGUUGUUCAGCCUGUUCGACGAAAGGGCACAUUAUUGUGACGUAACCAGUUUCUGCGCUUCCCCAGAGCUCCGGCAGACGUACACAGACGGAGUUACCUUCGCGCCAUUCGGACUUCGGCAAACAAGUGGGCCCCAAUAUGGCUACCUGCAAACGCAGGCUGUCGUGUCCGCAGACAGUGCAGCAUCUGUGGGACGCCAUCGACUCCAUACGACAGCAGAAGCAGGUGAGCAACCUGGACCGUGUGGCCAACUACAUGCGCCGCAAGCACCAGCUAAGCGAAGCUGACACGGAACGCCAGCUUGGGUUUGCCGUACGAGAUGGCCUGUUGGUCUCCAAGAAGAAGAUGGGUUCCAAAGGUUCUAAAGUGGGCGUUGAGCAGGAGGCCUUCCAGCUCCCUCAUGAACCAGCGGAGAGAGACGACCACGACUGGUACUGCUUUGAGUGUCACAGGGGUGGUGAUGUGCUUCUCUGUACCACUUGCCACCGAGUGUACCACGUAGUGUGCGUCAAGGAAGACCUCUCCAACGAAGACAAGUUUGUCUGCACAGUCUGCUGUCAAUUGAAAGAAAGGGAUCCGCUGAAGCUGAAAGUGGAUGACAUGAACAUCCUUCUUAGCUACACAUGUCUUCGGCUCAAAGACAAGAUUGCCCCUCAAAGCCCUCAUCUGCCACGGCAGGCCCAGACGAAAGACCUACAUCGGCUGCUGCUGGCUGAAGGGGAUGCUUGGAAGCAGGGCUAUCUUAUCUACCAGAAAAUGGACCUCAUCACUAUGGAAGAGAAAACGCGAAACAGCGAGUAUACGAGCCUGGAGGAGUUCCAUGCUGAUGCCCAGACCAUUGUGCACAAUGUUGUCAUCUAUUAUGGCAUACACAGUUGCAUGGCCGACAUGGCCCGACAGAUGUUGCGUGACUGCAGCUACGACUUGAAUGAAAUCCGGCAGUGCAGCGCCUGUUACCGCAUGUCCAACGAGAAGCGUGACAAGUACUGGUUUUGUCAGCCAUGCGACCCGCCACAUGAUCUGGUCUUUGCCAAGCAGAAAGGUUUUCCCUACUGGCCAGCCAAGGUCAUACGUGUCGACGACCAGUGCUAUGACGUCCGCUUCUUUGGCGGCUACCAUCAGAGGGCACUUGUGGACAAGGCGAGCAUCAAGCCAAUCACGACGAGCCUGAAGGUGAUCGCAGCCAAGCGCACAACCGCCCUCAACAAAGCAUUAGAUGAGCUGCGCAGGCAUCAGCAGCUCCUCGAGCAGCAACGGAGAGGCAGCAGUGGCCGUGUGGGCGAGGGCACAACGUCAACUAGCGUGCCACGAAAGAGAGGCCGGCCUCCACGUGUUGUGGUGCCUUCUCCGCCUGCACCCACUCGCUCUACUUCCGGCGAUGAAGAGGAGGAGAAAGAUGAGGAUGACGAGGAGGAGGAAGAAGAGGAGGACAAGUAUGGUUCUGAGGAACAGGAGGAAUCUUCCGAGGAGGAAGCACCAUCUUCAUCCUCACCCACGAAGAGGCUUCGACUGAAGGAUGAAUCGUCUUCAGAGGACCACAACGUAGUAUCAUCCUCCUGCCAAGAAUCGCCCAGUAGUAGGGUUUCCACAUCAACACAAACACACCGAAAGAUGCUUGCUGGAGUGAAUAAGACGCCAAGCUUGGAAGAGGCUCCAGCAAAGUGCGACUGCGAUACCAAGUAUCGGCAAGCCUUCAGGGAGCUUCGGGAGAAGCUGGAGACCAAGUACCGAGAGGAGAAGGAACACCUUGUGCAGCAGAUCCGGGAAGAGGUCCAGAAACAGUGUGAAGCAGAGAAGCUAAAGGAAGUGAGCGGAGUACUGGAACGCAUGCGGACAGAGCUGGAGCAGCACAAAGCUCGGGACAAAGAGGCCCGCGAACAGGAGAUUGGGAAGCUGCAGGAAAGGCACCGGCAGGAAAUCUCGGAAACCAAGAAGAAGCAGUGGUGCUACAACUGUGAAGCAGAAGCAAUCUACCACUGCUGUUGGAACACCUUGUACUGCAGUGUAGAAUGCCAACAAGUUCAUUGGCACAAAGAACACAAGCGCUCCUGCAGACGCAAGCAGUGAUUGUACAGCAGUCAUCAUCGUCCCUUCUUCACCAUUUGUGAAUCUUGCACUGGGACCGCUUCACACCACCAUCAUGCAGAGACCAUCUUCUUGUACUUUCCUAAACAGAAAAAAAAAAGUGUUUUUAAACAAAUUUUUAGAAAAGUUGACAGUGAAAGUUGUAAAGAAUGGCUAACUCGCAAUGUUUUGUUUAUCAGUGCAAUACUAAAUUUGACAGCAAUGUAAGUAUGACUUAUUGUCACAUCUUGUUGCAGGUUUUGUUGCAAAAGUUGGACAGGUUGAGAUUUUGCUGCAGGACUUUGCCAGUGGUGGAAGAGGUUCAGAUACCAGCCGAUCCUUUGUCGCUGGGUGCAUGUUCUUUUAGUUGGUGCACAUGCAGUGUGGUGUUGAGCGUAGAAUGCAGGCAAGCGUUGAAGGAUCUCAUUCUUGUAAUGCAAUGAAAAAGGCAGUGUUUGACUAGCAUUGCACCGUUCCUCGACGGGUGAAGACUUUAUGAAAGCUUGUUACCAUGACGACGACGUUCAUGAAGACCAAACAUAGCUUUAGGGUGUAGAUCCAUCCCAACCUUGUCCGGCCAUUUCUAGACAUCCUGAGUGCAUAUCUCACUAACCUGUACAUAGAUACUGGUUCAACGAGUUUUGAUGAUGACACGCACACACACACCAACAUGUUUUGCUACUUUUCCAGCUUUCCUCCCUCUUAUGUGAAGCCUAGACACUCGCUUCUUCGAUGACGUUUUCCUGUCUCUUUUGCAAUCCUGUAUAUAGAUAGAGCAAGGAAAGCGUGUGCAGAGGCAAGCAGUGGGUAAUGCUAGACUUGAGUUGGUGUGAGCAGUCUCGCACCAACUGUGUGAGCAGUCUCUUAGUGGUACCGUGCAUAACUUGAUAUUGGAUGAAGUUUUUCCUAAUUGAAGAAAAAAUAUUUUUUCACCCUGGGGGGUGGAUUGGUGCAUGGGCGUGAUAUAUUUCGAUAUAUGUAGAUCUACCAUAAACAUGAGGUAUUGCGGAAAACAGAUGUUGGAAUGUAAAAUGUACGCCAGGCUAAGCAAACCUCGGUUGAGCACUCUCAAGAACCUGAUGACAUGCAUAAAUACUUUGGUAGUUUCUUUCUUUUUCAUUUCGUUUUGUUCAUUCUGGUGCCAAGCUGCCACCUGCCUCCUGAGAGUAACCUACGUGGUUUUGAAGAUACUGAAAUCAGGCCCUCAACACUUGUGCUGUUGCAUUUGUUGCCUCCUUCUGUGGCAUUAGGAUGUUUCCGCGUUGUAGCAUAUGUCCAGCACAAUUUCCCCCGCACUUAUACACAUAGACACACACACACACAGUCUAUUGUACAUUACUUCUUCAAAGGGGCCCUUAUGCAAUGUUCUUUUAAGUUGGCUUUCCCAUAGUCCCAUAGUUUCCCAUAGUUGGCAAGGAUGAUCAGAGAAAAAACUGGCACAUUCAAAUGUGGAAGUUGCAAGCUGGGUCACAUGGUAUGGUGUAACUGGGGUUGGUUGAAGGAUGUUGGCAGGCUAGUUUGCUCGGAGUCAUGAUUAUGAUUUGCAGUGCGACUGGACGGGGACAGAGAAAGAAAAUGAGAGAGAAAAUCCUGCAGCUUUGCAUAGCACUGUAAAAGGGCACUCAGUGAGGGUUAGUCGUAUAUAUUGUAUCAACCAGUUAAGCGGCAUUAUACCUAAGGCACAUAAAUUCCCUCUGCACAUAAAUUGAGAAAGGCAGCACGAAUGUCUGUGUGUUCAGUUUUAUUUGCGGUGCUAAGCAAUGUGUUGACAAACUGUUUUUCUCGCAGGAGGUCAGAGUGUGGUAUGUCUAUGCUUCCCCGAAAACUCUUUUUAUCUCAGGUCGGUGCAAGCUCUGGCAUUUUUGCUGUGGUAUUUUAAGUAGGUAAGGAUGCAUGCUUUAAAAAAAAAUUAGAGCUAAAGUUGACUUCAAUUUCUCUUUCUCCCCUUACCCCUCUUUCCGACGUGGUGUUUAAGCAAUAUGCUUUUAAAAAAUGCAAGGUGUGGUGGUUCCCCGAACAUAGCAGGAUGUGCACAUCUAAGCUGUAGAGUGCUCGCAGUUGACUUGCUUUGUAUUUGCAUACACACAGUACAUUCCUAAUGUUAUUUUCUUUCUACAUGCUCGAUAGCAGUCGCGACAACUGAUUGCAGACUUCAUUGGGUACACUUACGAGUGCUGUAUGCCUGCACACCUGAAAAGUAAUCUAUGUUGUGUUGCCAUCAGCCUUCUGACAGCCAGUUGCAACAAAUUUUGUGCUCUCAAAAGGCUCUUCAGUGCAGUGCUGUAAAUAACAGUAUGACCCAUGUAUGUUUGUAUGUGCAUGUGCAUUUUUUUUUUUUUUUUGAAGUGGCUGCAGUUUUUUAUUUGUUGUGGCAUUGUUAUGCGGCAAACAUACGUUGCACUUUUUAGCACUGCAGCAAUCCUGGCAAAAUACCAGUGACUACAAAAGUAUGCUGCUGCACUCUAGAAUUUGUGCAACAUUGUAGAAACCAGCCUGCCUUCUGUUCUUGUUUCUCAGUGGCUUAGGGGCAAAGUGCUUUUAAAUGUGCUGUAGCAGAGGAUUUCGAAAUGUUACGAAACCAUGUCGUGAUGCAGAGCUCAUGCCGAGAAGUUUGUUACGUGGCAGUAUACAGCUGAAGCAUCGUCAUCCUAGUCAUUUCAUGUUGCUCACCGAUGUUUAUAGGAAAUUUUUUUUUUUAUCAUUUCGUUUCUUUCUCUCUCUUGCUCAGUAAAACGAAUUUGAUGGCCUUGUCGCACGCCAACUUACUUGUCAAGUGCUCGACUUUAAUGCAGUUUUGAACCACAGCGACUCGAAAACCUUUGUAAACCUUCUUCGUGCUCAAAUUUUUCAUGGAGAUUGCAUUCUGUAACCCCCUUCGUGACGUUAUGCAUCUGGUAUUGAGACCAUUGUUUUGUAACCUGGCUCUGCGAAAAACAAGUCUCCUUGUCGCAACAUUGGCUCCAGCUACAUUCCCUUGUUCAACCAUGGUUGAGUCUUCAUCUUGUGAACUUCUGUCUCGUUUGUAUUGUUACGUACUCGGCAUUUAUAGAGGUGUGAAAAUAUUCAAAAAUAUUGAAUAACGAAUCAAGUAGUGUCCUAUUUGAUUCGGUCUUUGAAUCGAUUGGUCACUAUUCGUAAAUGCAAAUUUUUGUAAUACUUUUAAAAUAUUUCAAAGCAUCAACUGCGACCAGUUCAACAUAAAAUUGGAGCAAGAGUAUGGUAAAUUUUCACCCCAGUGGGCAUAGCACAGAUAUAUAACAUAACUUGCGUAAUGAAGCAGGCUACGUCGCUUAGGUAGACAUACUUUACAGGCUAUACAGUGAUCAUUUGCACUCUCUGAAGAGUUCUAUGCAUGUGACGGAACUGCUGUUUGCUCCUAAUGCUCCAUUUGUGGUUUGAAUAAACAACGCUUCCUAACGUACUAUGUGAUGAAAGAAACUUGCUAACUUUGAGAAUACUAGGAUGUGAACAUAAUUUUAUAUUCAUUGUGAUUACCGCUGUUCAUUAUUCGAAAACAGUUCUAUUUUCAAUAUCGCUUCUGGCACCAUUUGAUUCGAUUCAGUCUCAAAAAUCACUAUUUGCACUCCCCCAGUCAUUUAUUUUCGAGGAGACAGGGAGAAAAUAAUGCAACCUUGUGAACAUGCCACAGUUCGGAGAAUGAAGGCAGUGGAUGACGAUGCCAGCCAAUUGGGAAGGACAACCAGCUCGGUGUCUCGGAGAAAGAAGGAAGGCUGAACCAUCCUUGGCCGCUAAUGCUUCCGAGACCAGUCCAUUAAGACAGUUAUGGGCACAAGGGGAUUAGUGGCAGACGAAAGACCAGCCCUUCUAGUUCUCUGUCCUAAUUGGCCGAUGGGACUGGUAGCACUCCCGGCAUUGUGCGCAUGGUGUUGGUGAUAGUGUUUCAGACUGCCUGGCCAGCAGAGUUUGCGCCCCCCCCCCCCCUUUUUGAGGACUCCAUUUGUGUCGGACAGCGUUUUUUCUUUCCCCUUUCGCUUUUGCACUGGAGAGUGGGCAGGUACAGAAGUUGAACACAUUAUUACGCAAGACUGACUGUAAUGAACUGUGUGUGACUGUAAUGUCAGUGUGAACAAGGUUUCAUUCCCAGCAAGUUGUUGGUCGACGAAAGAGAUAAAUGUUACUGGCCAUUCACUAGCGAGUGAAGUCUGUGCCUAUUCAGACCUUUUUCGUUUUGCUGCACGGCACUUAUGAGCCUCUGUUUCUUCAAGCCCUUGAAAUAUCCAUGUCUUAAUGCUGUUCAUGAUUCUGUUUCUUUCGUUAUAUGCAAUAUUGUGAAUGGAUGGAGCUGGCAAGACAAAUUUUUUAUCCUUGACAAUUGCUAAAUUUUCCUGACAACCAAGUGGGUGAAAUAACCAUUAAUGUGAGGAAUGAAUGAAUACUAUGCUGCUGCUGGCUUGUACACUGUUGGUUUCAACCAAAUGCAAACUGAUACAUGUUUUAGUAAUUUCUUAGCUGAUAAUCGGGUUAUGAUAAGAUCGAGUGUGUAUUUUCUAAGUGUGGACUUUCAUAUUACUCAGUAUUUCAGUGGUUAGAAAUGCCUGUUCAAGAAAUGCAAUUUUUUUUAGUUUGUGUAGUUUAGCGAGCGUUGGUUUUCUCUCGGGCAAAUGUGUGUGGACGCGUGAAGCUGCAAGGAUGCUGGCUAGAUAUUAAUAUGGUUGAGGUGUUGUCAGUGUCAUGCUUGUGGUCUGCACCUCUCCUUCUUGCGCGUUUCAGAUCAGUUUAACACUCAAGAAAAGUUAAAUUGUAUCCUUAAUGUCUUGUUGGCAGGCACCCCUCAAAAGAAGCUAAUAUAGAUGUGAAAAUCGCUUGAAAAGUGAUGAAACCCAUGCGUGUUUGUUUGAUAAUGCAGUUGUGUCCAGGCAGUGAAAGGUUGAAGGAGGCAGACUGUCGCAGGAGAGCGAAUAAUAAUUACCGGGAGUUCUUUCUAAAACAUACAUAAGAUCCUUCCUGCACCUGUGUAAAGCCUAAGUGAAGAGGUGCAACACCAUACAAAGGAAACGGGACAGCCAUGUGUCCACGCUUUAUUUUACAUUUGUUGCACCUCUUGGCCAAAGACUAUAGCAUACAUCUUGACCAAAGAUGUAUGCUAAGAUGGUCGCAAACCAGUGAGCUCAAACACCUCUGUUGAUGCAAAUCUUUCUCUCUAGGAAGUACUUUAUUUUCCACAGUUCCGCUAAAGUAUGCACGUGAUUAUCAGCACUCCUAAUUGGCAUAAAGUAGGUUACAGCUGAUGAAAAUGCAAAGAGUGGCGUGUGCGUGUUUAUAUGCAGUGUCUCGGCAUCUUAACCAAGAAGCUUCCCACUUAUGCAAUAGAAAAAUUCACAAAUGUAGCCUUAGCUUUGCAAAAGAGCCUUUACAUGUCUGCAUGGCUUGAUAUAAUUGACCUUCUGUAUCUGUUACAGUAAGUGACAAAAAGUUUUUGUCGCAUCUGUGCUUUCUGCUUGUGAAAAAGUUUUGGCCGACUUCGUGUUUGUUUGUACUGCAGAAAGUUCUACACCGUGUUGGCUAGGAGUGUGUGCAGUGUGGUUAUCUGAACCUUCCUGGUGGUAGUUUUUGUACUUCCAGAAGCCAUGCUAUGCGCGCACAUCUUGGAAUCACUUGCUUGAGACGAUUAUUUAUUUCAGUGUGAAGUAUUUGAACUUGCUUUUAGUGUGCAGGGAGCUUUGGGUGAUCAAGUGUGUUCCCUUCAAGCUGUUUGUUUCAGUCGGCCUGUUUGACUAUUGGAACUGCUAUUUUCUGUAUUUGUUUUAUGCCAGCAUUCAGCAGAUGCUUCCUGCCACUUAAUUGCUCUGUAAGGCUUUGUUGCUCCUCACUAUGAGCAAGAGACAAGUUGACAGAGCUGGCUAAACUAUAUGUAGCAGUGUCAUCUGCUUUGAGUCUAAAUAUGCUUCAGUGUAUGCCACUUCCUCAAUCCAGAAAAGCUUUGGUACUGAAAAAAAAAUAUGCAGUUUUCAUUUAUGUGAUGCUGGAGACACUUAGCUGUGCAUGAAAACUACUCGGUAGCCUCAUAUUUAGAACUGGGACCUGGAAGGAAUAUAUUACACGUCACCAUCUAGGCAGAUGGAGUAAUGGCAGAUGACAUACUUUUGUCUUAAUCCAGGAUGGGUGGGUGGUAUAUGGCGAUUAUAUGCACAUUGCAUUUUUUGUAACUGAAUGCAUAGGUUGUAGGUUGCAUAAUGGUGCAAGGGAUGUCUUGACUGAAAUACCACAUCAACUGAUGCAAUGGUGUGCAUUACAUGAACCUUUCUGAUGACCGCUCAUAAGCAAAGAAGUUUUUUGUGUUACUUUGCAUUUGCACAAGAGGUGUGUGAGAAACUGAGUAUGCAUGGUGGGAAGAAUUAUAAUGAAUCUAGUACAGAGUGCAAUGUCGCCUAUGUGCCCUGCACUGAAAGGUUGGCUAUGCGUAUGUGGAAUAGAUUGUGUAAGUUUACAUUUUUAAUGAAGAAGCAGUAGUGGGGCAAUAUAAUGUAGGAUUCCUUUCACUUGAUUUUGUUUCUUCCUUAUCAUCCCACUUUUCACGACCAGCUGAUCCUUGAUAACGUGCGUGGAACGCUGCUCGGACCACUUGACAAAGUUUAAGAAGGAAUGGCAUUGGACUAGAAUUGAUACAUUAUACCGACCCUUGUUUUGGUCGCUGUUCCCUUGCUAUAUGCAACUGAAUAGGGACCACAUCUUUGAAGCAACCAUGUUUAUCGGGUGCAUACAUAUGCGCUUAAAAAGCAGUGGACCAGGGAUAGUACCUUUACCAUAGUGGUUAUUUAGCGCUUCACAAUUUCUUUUCAUGCAGUCUUGAUUUUGCCUGUGGUAGCGUUCAGCGUUCUGCAUAGUUUUUUUUUUUUCUCCGUAUGGCUGAAUCUCCAAGCACGUUGUUGCUAGGAAAUGUAAGGUCACGACCCAGCAGCUGUUAUCUUCCGGCAAUAAAACGUUAUCAGGUUGGGAGAGGUAGCACCACUUUGCUUUGGCCAAGGAACAACUUGGAAUCGCAGUCAACUGUAAUGCCUGCUACUACUGCUUUGAAAGCUGCCCAGGCAGUAAAUUUCAUUCUUGUCCAUGGUUUUAUACCAAUAGAAGUCGUGGUUACUCUCUCUUAUCGGGUAAAUAGGAAAAGGAAGCACAGCAUUUCAUGGAAUUUGGAGUUUGGUUGCAUCUUUCAGACUUGCCAUCAAAAUUGGCACUGAAACCACAACUUGAGGGCUUCUCAUGUGUUGUCUUUCUUCUACAUGCUUGGUACCGCUUGGAAAAUUUAGAUGUGCGAGUGGUGGUGUUUGGUGGUACAUGCCAUAGUCAUCAUGGGGGACUUGGUGUUGCAUAUACGGUAAACUCAUUUUGUAUAAAUUAUGCACUGGUUUUGUUCUGUACACUUGUUCAUUGUGUGUAGGGCAUGCUCGCUAGAUGUUCAUAUUAUGCCAUUAUUUGGGCACAUAGAAUUAGUGCUUGUAAACUGUUAUGUAGUGUGUUGUCUAGUGAUGUAUACUUUGUCCUGAAGAUGUUCUUAUCUUUAGACUGUGUGGACAGAUUGAGGAUGUUUGCUGAACGAUGCUAUUAAACUGUCUUUUGUGGGA